AUGUCAUGUCCAUUUGUAAAAUCCACAGUGCCUACUUUCGGAACGAAAAAUUUAGUCAACGAGAGUUUAUUCACUGUGAAUUUGCAAUGUAACAGUGCGGAUGUGGUUCUUUGUGGAAAAGUUCAGUCAGCCUUUGAAACAGCCGGACAAAUCAUAAGUUCGGUAUUUAUAUUUGAAGUCCCGAUUAUAAUUAAUGCAACAUUCUCGAAAAUUGGUGAUCCUAAUCUUUUGGGAGUAGCUACUCCGUCGAGAUUUAUACCUUUAAUAUCUGAAGAUGGCGUUCCACGAUUGUAUCCUCAAUCACUCGUAAAACAAUUUAAAUUUGAUGUUCAUCCAGAAUUUAAUAGUUAUGACAUCUCUGCACAAUUCAAUUCAGCUGUAAAUUUUUGGUUUGACGGCGAUGGACCAAUAAAUCCUACCCAACAAAAUAUUCAUACAGUAAUAUUGCAUGAAUUGUUUCACGGCCUUGGAUUCACAUCUGCAUGGAGAGAUCACAUUGAUUCUACAUUACAAUAUCCAGCAAGUGCAUUAUCACCUGUUCCAUAUUUAGCAUAUGAAGCAACAACAAAUGUUUCAUCUGGCAGUCCAAUUAUUUUUCAGGGAUUCAUAGAGACAAUAUUCGAUAAGUUUCUUGUAGUUCUUUCUGACCCUAAUACUUCACCAUUAAUUUCUACUUCAUUGUCUGCAUACACCUCAAAAUUAAACGAGUUUGGCCCUCCUCCAACUGAAUUCUCUACAACUAGUGAAUUUGCUGAAUCUUUAAUAAAUUCUCCACAAUGGCUGAGUGUCGCUCCUUUCAUAUUUAAUAAAGCCAUCACUGCAAAUACUUUAGUAUUUCUACCAAGAGGAUAUAAAUUAGUUAACGGAAUUUAUGUAGAAACUAAUAUUGAUCCUUAUCUUUCAGGAUCUAGCAUUUCGCAUGUUAGCUUUGAUAGUUAUACUAACAGCGAAGAUUUCUUAAUGAGAUAUAAGCUGGAACCAGGAUUUACCAUUGGGAGUUUAAUUUCUAAAGGUGGAAAUUAUCAAAAUGGUGACAAAUUCGGUGUUAUUGGUCCUAGAUUAAGAUCUAUCAUGGAAUCAAUGGGAUACAAAACCCAAUCAAAUUUGAACCCAAUAAUACCAACUGUGCCAUCAUCAGACAAUGUGACUAUAUUACCAAAUCCUAAUGAAAAUAUCACAUUUCAAGGCCCAUUACCACCAAUUAAUUCAUCAAAGCUCCUAAAUAAAAAAUCUUGCUCUAAUAAAUUUGUGGAAUAUAGUCUUACAUUUUGGAAUAAUAUAAUUAUGAUUUUAGGACUAUUUUUUGUUCUGUGGGAAUUUGUACCAAAUUGGAGAAUUCAACGAUUUUUAAGCCCAUUUUCUUCAAAAACCGGAGAUUAUAACAUGUCAGAACAACAAAACUUUGAAGCUAGUCAAUGGUUGGACGUAUUCAUUCCUAAUGUUUCAAUAGUUGGUGGUUUUUCAUUAACUUCUACACCAUACCAAUACAAUCUUACAAAUACGUUUGAAUUAUCAAUUAAAUACUCAACAAAUCCGCCUGCAAAAUGGUUUCAUGAAAAUGCUAAAAUUGGGGACAGUGUUGAAGUUAGAGUUGGAGGAGAAUUCGUUUGGGAUGAAAAGAAGGAGCAAGAAGAUGGGACUGAAUAUGCUAUGUUUAUUGCUGGAGGUGUAGGAAUUAAUCCUUUAAUAAGUAUGUUUACUUCAAUUUUAGAAGUGGAAAAUAAUUCCAAUGUGAAUAAUACGAAGAAAGUGGGUGUAAAGAAAAUUCGAUUAUUGUAUAGUGCUAAAUCCUUUAGCGAAUUAUUAUUUUAUAAUCGAAUUGAAAAAUUACGUAAAGAAUGGCCGCAAGUUUUGGAAUGUAAAUAUUUUUUAACAGGUGAAAAUGUAUCACAAUCUCAAUCACCUUUCGCAAAUGAUGAAAGUGAGUUUUGUUAUGGACAAAGAAUUAGCCAAAAAAUCCUCGGUGAUAUAAUCAUGAAAGAACAUGAUAAUUUGGAAAAAUUGAAGUGUUUUAUUUGUGGCCCACCAAUUAUGCGUGAUGAUUUAAUUUGUUGGUUAAAAAGCGCUGGCUUAGUUGAAAAGAGGAUCCUUUUGGAGAAAUGGUGA